AUGACCGUGGAGGCAAAUCGUCAUCAGCAGCAAGAUGUCCCAGGCCGCCUCGCCGCGACAGCAGUCAUGCCUUCCACCACCCGCCCACGAGACCACGCAAACUCCUUCCUCAAGCGUUAUCAGACCGAAAUAGCUGCCAGCUCGUCGAGUGUGUUUUCCACGCUGGCCGCCUUCCCCCUUGACAGUGUCAAAACUCGCAUGCAGACCUAUCAGUACCGCGGCUUCAUUGACUGUGUCAAACAUACCUAUCGCACCGAACAUCUGGGUGGGUUUUUCCGAGGCGUCAUGGCCCCCAUGGCCAGCAUUACCCUCGUCCGGACUGUGUCCUUCUCCAUUUACCAACGAGCGAAAUAUUCAUACGCGGCUUGGGUGAAACGAAAUACGGGAUAUGACAUCCUCGGCCACGUGAACAAGCCGGGUACAUACCCAAAUCUAUACUCGGUGGCCUGCUUCGGUGCUGCAGGCGCCACGGCCGGCUCUGUCAUCACAUUCAUCGCCUGUCCGUUUGAACUCACAAAGCUCAGCGCACAGGUGUCUGUGCUCCUGGCAGAAAGAGCAGGCAACUGCCAGAAGAGCAAGGCGGUGGCGUCGAGCUAUCAGAACAAAGGAACGUUGAGGACCAUGGCCAACAUCAUCAAGCACCGUGGCGUAUUGGGGCUUUACACAGGCCUCAGGUUACACUUGUUGCGUGACACGCUGGGGACGUCAAUCUACUUCAUGGUGUACGAGAGCGGAAAGCAGCUCGGGACAACCCUGGCGGGCGACAAUCCGAACAGCAACAAGUUGGCGGUGGUGACAGCCGGCGGCAUGUGCGGUCUCGUGUCCUGGGCGUUGAUCUACCCCGUCGAUUCCGCGAAGAGCAUAUACCAACGAAACUCGCUCCUGCACUCUCGUGGCGAAAAGGUCGAUCCCGCCCCCAAGAUCGAAUUCUUCAAGCGCCACAUGUACCGCGGGCUGGGCGUCUCCAUGAGCCGCUCGUGCCUCGUCAACGCCAUCUUCUUCUCGUCGUUUGAAUUCGUCAAGAAGCGCAUCAAGACGCUAGACGACGACGACGACAACAUCAACAGCAAUAUCAGCAAGUCAAGGACGUAG